AAUAAUAACCAACCUUCCACGGUACUAGUAGCUUCCUAUCUACCAAGUGGUAACUUAAAUUUUAAAUUAAGUGCUUCUAUAUAAAUAAGCAAGUUUGUGUAGAAUAUAACUUGUUUUGGCAACACGUAGAAAUACAUUGAAGAUGUGCGAAAAAGUGAUAGAGAUAAACUUUGGUGAUUCAUUAAGCAAUUUAUCCCUUAAGGCAUCAUCAUUAAAGUGUCCUCCACCAUUUUUGUUGAAGACUUAUGAAUUAUUGGAAGAAGGUAGUGAAGUUGAAGAUGAGAUGAAAAUAGUGUCAUGGAAUGAAGAAGGAAAUGGUUUUGUUGUUUGGUCUCCAGCUGAAUUCUCAGAGCUUAUCUUGCCUAGAUUUUUCAAACACAACAAUUUCUCUAGCUUUAUUCGACAAUUGAAUACUUAUGGGUUUAAGAAAAUAUCAUCUAAAAGAUGGGAAUUUCAGCAUGAGAAAUUUCAGAAGGGUUGCAGGCACAUGUUGGUUGAAAUCAGUAGGAAAAAGUGUGAGCCAAGUGUGUUUCCUUCAUACCUCAAAUCUUGUUCAGAGGAAAAUGGAAUGGCUAAUAAUUCAUCGGUGGAAGAAAAUAAUGAUAAUAAUCAUGAGCUACUUAUGGAGGAGAAUAAGAACCUAAAGAAGGAGAGAAUGGAGUUGCAAAUGCAAAUAGCUGAAUGUAAGGCACUUGAAAUGAAGUUGUUGGAGUGUCUCUCACAAUGUAUGGAUAGGCAACAAAAUAAAGUUAGGAGAUUGUGUUAAUUGAUUACUUAUUUAUGAAAAGAGAGAAGAAGAAAAAUGUGUUUGUUAUCAUUCAAUAAUUAAUGCAGGCAUGUUUUACAUUUCA